AUGGACAACCAUCUUCGAAUCCUUCUGGUUUUCUUCCCGGGGCAAGGCCACAUCAACCCGUCUCUGCAAUUGGCCAAGCGGCUCGGCGCCAUGGGGGCCCAAGUCACUCUUCUCACGACCUACUCCGCGCUUAAUCGCAUGGCCGGCUCCAGGAACCCGCCGGAAGGCCUGAGCUUCGCCGGAUUCUCAGACGGAUAUGACUACGGGUGGCAAAAGGCCGACGACUUGAAGCUCUACGUUGCAGAGCUUAGGAGACGCGGGUCGGAGGCGGUGGCGGAGGUCAUCAAUUCCGCCGCGGGCGAGGGGCGGCCGUUCGUCCAUGUUGUCUACACAAUUUUUCUUCCGUGGGUCGGCCGGGUUGCUCGUUCGCUUCACGGUCCGUCGACGUUUCUCUGGAUUCAACCGGCUACUCUUCUUGAUAUCUACUUCUACUACUUCAACGGCUAUGGCGACGAGAUAAGGAAAAAUUCAGGCGACCCUUCAUGGUGCCUCGAGAUAAGGAAAAAUUCAGGAUGA